CCGGGCCCGGUGUGGUGGCCGCGGUGCCACUGUCCCCGGGGCGGACUUGGCCUGAGACCGACCACUCACGUGGGCCAGGCCCGGCAUGCUCUUUCUCCACCCCGACGCCAUGGUCCUUUUGCCCGGGUAGGGGCGACGGGCCCCCGCCCCCAUUUCUUCACCUUCGCGAGUGUCCUCGGAGCUCUGCGGAGAACGCGCCUGUUUUCCAGCAGGAGGCUGCCACUGCACUCCUGCCCGAGAGGCGAUCCUGGCUCUCUUUACUCAACUACUCCCAGCCUGGCAACCCCUUGCCGGGCGCUUUGUUUUGCUCGUUCGGUGCUCGGUUAGCGUCCUUGCCUCGGCCUCAUCUAUUUGCGGUGUUGUGCGGGGUGAUGGUUUGGGGUGGUGAUGUGAUGGAGUUGUGAUGCAGCGAAAUAAAAUGACGCCCUCCCCCCCAACGGAAAUAGUACAGCUUUACCCGACUGAGACUCCCACAAGCCUGGCCUUGGACGAAGACGGGAAAUCCCACUUUGGUGUAGUGGACAGUGUUCAGGAAAGUGUCAGAAAACUGUACACAAAAAGAAUGCAGAUGGUCAGCACAUGUUUGAGCAGAUGUUUCUUCUCAUUAAUAGAGUGUGGGAACUCUCAGCACUAGUGCCCGGUGAAGAAUGUGAUGGGAUCAGUAGCAUGUCUUCGGAGAGUGGCCCAGGGACAAGAUUAAGAAAUCUGCCUGUAAUGGGGGAUGGACUAGAAACUACCCAAAUGUCUGCAACGCAGGCCCAGGCCCAACCCCAGCAAGCCAACGCAGCCAGCACCAACCCCCCACCCCCAGAGACUUCCAACCCCAACAAGCCCAAGAGGCAGACCAACCAACUGCAAUAUCUGCUCAAAGUGGUGCUCAAGACACUAUGGAAACACCAGUUUGCGUGGCCUUUCCAGCAGCCUGUGGACGCCGUCAAGCUAAACCUCCCUGAUUACUAUAAGAUCAUUAAAACACCUAUGGAUAUGGGAACAAUAAAGAAGCGCUUGGAAAACAACUAUUACUGGAAUGCUCAGGAAUGUAUCCAGGACUUCAACACUAUGUUUACAAAUUGUUACAUCUACAACAAGCCUGGAGAUGACAUAGUCUUAAUGGCAGAAGCUCUGGAGAAGCUCUUCUUGCAAAAAAUCAACGAACUGCCCACAGAAGAAACAGAGAUCAUGAUAGUCCCAGCAAAAGGAAGAGGACGUGGGAGGAAAGAAGCAGGGACAGCAAAACCUGGCGUCUCUACGGUACCAAACACAACACAAGCAUCGACUCCUCCACAGACACAGACCUCUCAGCAGAAUCCUCCGCCUGUGCAGGCUGCACCUCACCCCUUCCCCACUGUCACCCCAGACCUCAUUGUCCAGACCCCUGUCACGGUGGUGCCUCCCCAGCCAUUGCAGACUCCCCCACCGGUGCCCCCCCAGCCCCCACCCCCACCCGCUCCCCAGCCUGUGCAGAGCCAUCCACCUAUCAUUGCAGCCACCCCACAGCCUGUGAAGACAAAAAAGGGUGUUAAGAGGAAAGCAGAUACCACCACCCCCACUACCAUCGACCCCAUUCACGAGCCACCUUUGCUGCCCCCGGAGCCCAAGACCACCAAGCUGGGGCCCCGGCGGGAGAGCAGCCGGCCUGUGAAGCCCCCAAAAAAGGAUGUGCCUGACUCGCAGCAGCAUCCAGCACUGGACAAAAGCAGCAAGGUCUCAGAGCAGCUCAAGUGCUGCAGUGGCAUCCUCAAGGAAAUGUUCGCCAAGAAGCACGCAGCCUACGCUUGGCCUUUCUACAAGCCUGUGGACGUGGAGGCACUGGGCCUUCACGACUACUGUGACAUCAUCAAGCAUCCCAUGGACAUGAGCACAAUUAAGUCUAAACUGGAGGCCCGUGAGUACCGAGAUGCUCAGGAAUUUGGUGCAGAUGUCCGGUUGAUGUUCUCUAACUGCUACAAGUACAACCCUCCUGACCACGAGGUGGUAGCCAUGGCCCGAAAGCUCCAGGAUGUAUUCGAGAUGCGCUUUGCCAAGAUGCCGGAUGAACCCGAGGAGCCUAUGGUAGCUGUGUCCUCCCCUGUGGUGCCACCCCCAACCAAGGUUGUGGCCCCACCCUCAUCCAGUGACAGCAGCAGUGAUAGCUCCUCAGACAGUGACAGUUCAACUGAUGACUCCGAGGAGGAGCGAGCCCAGCGGCUGGCCGAGCUCCAGGAGCAGCUCAAAGCCGUACACGAGCAGCUUGCAGCCCUCUCACAGCCCCAGCAGAACAAACCAAAGAAAAAGGAGAAAGACAAGAAGGAAAAGAAAAAAGAAAAGCACAAAAAGAAAGAGGAAAUGGAGGAGAAUAAGAAAAGCAAAGCCAAGGAGCUUCCUCCCAAAAAGACCAAGAAAAACAACAGCAGCAACAGUAACACAAGCAAGAAGGAGCCAGCGCCCGUGAAGAGCAAGCCCCCUCCAGCAUAUGAGUCAGAGGAGGAGGAAAAGUGCAAGCCCAUGUCAUACGAGGAGAAGCGCCAGCUUAGCCUGGACAUCAACAAGCUUCCAGGUGAGAAGCUGGGCCGAGUGGUGCACAUCAUCCAGUCGAGGGAGCCCUCACUCAAGAACUCCAACCCUGACGAGAUUGAGAUUGACUUUGAGACCCUGAAGCCGUCCACCCUGCGGGAAUUGGAGCGCUACGUCACCUCCUGUUUGCGGAAGAAACGAAAACCUCAAGCCGAGAAAGUGGAUGUGAUUGCUGGCUCCUCCAAGAUGAAGGGUUUCUCAUCCUCCGAGUCUGAGAGCACCAGCGAGUCCAGCUCCUCUGACAGUGAAGACUCCGAAACAGAGAUGGCUCCGAAGUCAAAAAAGAAGGGGCACCCUGGAAGGGAGCAGAAGAAGCACCACCACCACCACCACCACCAGCAGCUGCAGCAGGCCCCGGGCCCUGGGCCCCAGCAGCCCCCGCCACCUCCCCAACAGCCCCCACCACCCCCACCGCAGCAGCAGCAGCAGCAGCAGCAGCAACAGCCACCCCCACCACCCGCACCCUCCAUGCCGCAGCAGGCUGCCCCCACGAUGAAGUCCUCGCCCCCACCCUUCAUCGCCACCCAGGUGCCCGUCCUGGAGCCCCAGCUCCCAGGCAGUGUCUUCGACCCCAUCGGCCACUUCACCCAACCCAUCCUGCACCUGCCGCAGCCCGAGCUGCCCCCUCACCUUCCCCAGCCACCCGAGCACAGUACUCCGCCUCAUCUCAACCAGCACUCAGUGGUCUCUCCUCCAGCUUUGCACAACGCGCUGCCCCAGCAGCCAUCAAGGCCCAGCAAUCGAGCCGCCGCCCUGCCCCCCAAGCCUUCCCGGCCCCCUGCUGUGUCACCUGCUCUGGCCCAGCCACCCCUGCUCCCACAACCACCCAUGGCCCAGCCACCCCAAGUGCUGCUGCAGGAGGAAGAGGAGCCACCCACCCCGCCCCUCACCUCCAUGCAGAUGCAGCUCUACCUGCAGCAGCUGCAGAAGGUGCAGCCCCCCACACCUCUGCUUCCUUCCGUGAAGGUGCAGUCCCAGCCUCCACCCCCCCUGCCACCCCCACCUCACCCUUCCGUGCAGCAGCAGCUACAGCAGCCUCCACCGCCUCCACCACCACCACAGCCACAGCCACAGCCACAGCACCAGCCACCCCCCCGGCCUGUGCACAUGCAACCCAUGCAGUUCCCCACCCACAUCCAGCAGCCCCCGCCACCCCCAGGCCCACAGCCGCCACACCCGCCUCCUGGCCAGCAGCCACCCCCACCGCAGCCUGCCAAGCCUCAGCAAGUCAUCCAGCAUCACCCUUCACCCCGGCACCACAAGUCGGACCCAUACUCAACCAGUCACCUCCGUGAAGCCCCCUCCCCGCUUAUGAUACAUUCCCCCCAGAUGCAACAGUUCCAGAGCCUGACCCACCAAUCGCCACCCCAGCAAAGUGUCCAGCCGAAGAAGCAGGAGCUGCGCGCGGCCUCUGUGGUCCAGUCCCAGCCCCAGCCCCUGGUGGUGGUGAAGGAGGAGAAGAUCCACUCACCCAUCAUCCGCAGCGAGCCCUUCAGCCCCUCGCUGCGGCCAGAACCCCCAAAACAUCCGGAGAGUAUCAAGGCCUCUGUUCACCUACCCCAGCGGCCUGAGAUGAAACCUGUGGACGUUGGAAGGCCUGUGAUCCGGCCCCCUGAGCAGAAUGCUCCCCCGCCAGGGGCUCCAGACAAGGACAAACAGAAACAGGAGCCAAAGACACCAGUUGCACCUAAAAAGGACCUUAAAAUCAAGAACAUGGGCUCCUGGGCUAGCCUGGUGCAGAAGCACCCCACCACCCCAUCCUCCACAGCUAAGUCGUCGAGUGACAGCUUUGAGCAGUUCCGACGUGCUGCCCGUGAGAAAGAGGAACGUGAGAAGGCGCUGAAGGCGCAGGCUGAGCUUGCGGAGAAAGAGAAGGAGCGACUACGGCAGGAGCGCAUGAGGACCCGAGAGGACGAGGAUGCACUGGAACAGGCCAGGCGAGCCCAUGAGGAGGCACGCCGGCGCCAAGAGCAGCAGCAGCAGCAGAGACAGGAGCAGCAGCAGCAGCAGCAGCAACAACAGGCAGCUGCGGUGGCUGCAGCAGCUGCCGCUGCCGCCGCCCCCCAGGCCCAGAGCUCCCAGCCCCAGUCCAUGCUGGAUCAGCAGCGGGAACUGGCCCGAAAGCGGGAGCAGGAGCGAAGACGCCGGGAAGCGAUGGCAGCUACCAUUGACAUGAAUUUCCAGAGUGACCUAUUGUCAAUAUUUGAAGAAAAUCUUUUCUGAAAGAUCUGGGUGACUUCUGACUGACUUUCUGGCAAAAAGUUGAUUCUCCAUAGUAUUAGGGGCGGCAGUGGAGGCAGUAGCAGCGUCCACGACCUGUUUCCGGGCCUGGCCCUUGUGCAUGCUGUGCCGGGGCAGUCCUGACAGGCAGCUGAGGACUGCAGAGCCCGUCUGCCUUACAGCCAGCCGGACAUCCUGCCACCCUCACAGGACGUCAGCUCAGAGCACGUCUCACAACGAGCAAGUGUUGGCCAGACCCAAGUCCGCGUCCCCGUGUUCGGGCAGAGGCCCUAUGCUCCGCCAAAUGUCUACACAGUAUACACAGGACAUCGUCGCUGCCACCACCUCGACUGGUUUUCUGUCCCCGAGAACGUGAUGUUCAUGACAUCCUGCCUGCCGGGAGUCCUUCCACACAUCCCAGCCUCAGAUGCUUGCCCCCAGGACAGCAGGGCGCAGGCCCAAGUGAGCUGGAGGCAGAAGAGGGCACCGGCCCACCCACCCCCUUGCUGGCACUGACUUUGCCUUGAACCGAUCCCACCCCUACCCUCCCCCCACAAGCCUUUAAUUGAGAGCCGCUCUCUGUAAGUGUUCGCUUGUGCAAAAGGGAAUAGUGCCGUGGAGGUGUGUGUGUGUCCAUGGCAAUCCAGAGCGAGGUGACUGUCAUGCGCGUAUGGGCCGGCCUCGCCUGGUGAGUGAGGCCACCAACCAAAGUCAGUUCCUUCCCACCUGUGUUUCCGGGUUUUUUAUUUUGUUUUUCUAUAUAUAUAUUUUUUGUUGGAUUCUAUUUUAUUUUUAAUUCUCUCUUCUCCAAACACAAUGGCACUGCUUAUUUCUGAAAUGGUGUAAUCCUCUCCUCAUUGGGCAGCAGCUGCCACUGCGCUGUGGGUAGUGUGUGACCGUGGCUGUACCGUAUAGUGAAACAUAGUUGGCAUAUUUUUGUUUGAAGUUUGUUGGUGACUCCACCAAACUGGUGUAAAAAAAAAAAAAAAAAUCAAAACCCACAAAAAAAACACACAAAACACAAAAAAACUGCCUACGUUGUACUCAGUUUCAAACUUUAUUAGUCUAUUUUUAAUUAUAAAACCAGAAAGCUGUGUUUUCUUUUCUUUUCCCAGCCCCAUUCCUUGGCUUUGUUUUUUUAAUGUCAAAUCUGUUUGAGUUGUUUUUUACCAGAAAAGGAAGGGUUGGGCCAGUGCACAAGGCGGGUGCCAGGGCCACAGACUGAGGCAGAGGCUCCCGGCCCAGCAUCCACCUGGUGCCUGCCACCCAGCCAGCUGCCACUUCCCUCACUUUUUUUAAAAGUUUAU